CAAGUGGAUUUUAGAGAAAAAGAGACGAAAAACGCACAGAAAAACCCGAGCCGGCACUUAGAUGGCGCUGCGGUUUGCGCAAGACUAGCUUCUUCGGCAUUUGCCAGUCUCCAUGCAGCGGCAAACCGGGUCGACGCGUGCAAGAAACGGGAACAAGACUUGCUUUCAGAUUUGCAAUGACGAAACGCUGAAUUCUCGUUGGCUUACGCGGAACACGCAGCCGCAACGUCAACAAAGAAAUCCACGUUUCGUCAGACUCUGCAGCUUGCGGUGAGCAGUCCCGUGCAUCGACAAAACGAGGAUCGACGCGAAAAAACGGCGGUGGCAGAAAGCACAGAAGCGUGAUCAGCUCCCACUGAAUGACGAGGAGUCUUUUGCCGCCAACAAGCAAGGUGCAAACCGGAGAAAAAGCAAAGUUUUCGGUGUUCAAAAGAAACGGAGUGACAAAGCUCCCUGCGAGCCACGGGCGCAGUGUACAGACACCCGAGGCGAUUAUUGUUGAACCCGCGCGAAAAGUGUGGAGCGCAGUUUGGGAAGACUUCGGACGGUAGCAAACGAUCGUUUGUCUCGUGGAAUGAGUCCUCUGGGGAAUGAGCAGCGCCACACAGUCGCUGUGCCUUCCGAUUCCCUUCGUGGGCAGCUACGUUCCCGCCUAAAACGCAGAAAAUUGGACGUCGUCCGGCCAAGUCGCGUGGACUGGCUGGGAGGCGCUGCUAGAGCUGCGCCAGGCGUCGUCGAGACGGCUUUCCUUGUCGGCAGAAUGGAGGCAAGCAGGGAAAUCCUCGCCCACGCUUUUCGCAUAUGUCGUGCUCACGAAAGACAGCAAAGUAUGCUGCAAAGUACGUCCACAGGCGACUUGGAUUCAGGUCAGCGCUUGCGCGCCGGCGACUCGAGUCCGACGUCUGCGCAAGACCAGUGCAGAAAACUGGGCGUCCUCGGCAGCCGGAAGAGAGCGCCUUGCUUGUUUGUAGAUUUGUCGACCAACGAAUUCGUGACAAAUCGUGUCGUCCAUAGAGGCGACGCCCCUUAUCGCGCGCGUUUCUCGGAUGAACAUACCAGACUUGCGCAACUAGCCACCGGUCCCGCCCUCGCAGACUCUCGAGAACACGAUAGAUCGUACCAGCGGGGAGGCGGUGUGAAAAAGGUUCGUUUGUGUGGCAACAACUUGUGUUUGUGUCUGUGAAUGGUCCUCGUAGUGGACGAAAAAAAUGCAGAGGCGACUGCCCUCUAGUGAAGUGUCAGGUGGGGAUCAGAAUCAGGGUCCUGUGGACUAGCUGCACAGUGAAAGUCUUCGGUCCUGGCUUUGUUUCCCGAAAAACGCUCUCUGACCGGUGGAAAACUCAUUUUCCCGUCGCUUUUCAGUCGUCGAAAGUGGAAGUGUUGGGGCUCCGAGAGGCGUCUCUCACCAGGUGCACAAUUACCGAAAUUUCUCUCGAUUUUCGCUGCUCUAGCCCCGCGCUCACUGUGUCGCAGGUGCUAGCUGACAAUCUACAUGCAAGACACGGCGGAGAACUUGGCGAGGUAAAGAGCUCCCUGUCUGGUUUUCCUUUGCUUCUUCUCACCAGAGCGGGUGAAUUCUUUUCAAGUCUUCACACGGAAAGUUCCUCUGAAAAAAAUUGGGUUUUCCGUUGACGCGGCAAACGCAAGCGUCCUCCAGGCCCGGAUUCCCUCGUGUCUCGCUCCGUCUCUUCUUAAUUUGACAUUUUAUAUCAGAAGGACGCUUUCGCUCUUCAGUUUUGGCCCUUCCUUCUUUUUUCUUCUUUCUGGAUGAAACUAACUUCUCCUCAACGUCGCCAGCGACUCGUUUUACCUGUGAAAACUGCGGCUGGACGUCAGACUUCGAAGCAUCACUGAAGCCAGGCACCGUGGAGAAUCCAGAUCGACUCUCCCCGAGUUAAAUGUCAAAAACGGGCGUGUAUCCUACGGAAUGUUUUCUCCGAACUGUUAAAAGCACUCACAAGUUAAGCGAUAUCCUUUCCAUACACAUGGAAGAAUCUUUAUUCGUAGCUCCUGUGCAUGUACAUCUAUUUCUAGCUCCUACGUGUACAUAUCCUUACUCCUAGCC